UGCGCCUACUGUGUGGACCUCUAAUAGCAAGAAAGCUGCUUCUGCCCCUUUAAAAACCAAUUUACCUGGACACCUGCUACAGAUUUGACUUCCAAGGGCUGCAAUAGGAGCUCAGCUGCUACUGUGUACUCAUUGACAAGCUAAAGCCAACCACCCAGUAAAGCUAGCAGCUUUUUAUACAACCGUGACUUGCCAAGAUCUGUCUUCCUAAUGAUUUGUUAAGAAAUUUCCAACCAGAUCAGAACUAAUCAGGAACUGCUGCAUGUUGUAGUUGCACUGCUGCACUGAAGAAAAGGCAUCAUCAGACGUUUGUCCUUGAAACUGCACCAAACUCCAAGAAGAAUCCAGGCAGCCUGUCGAAAAAGUCCCCUGGGUCGACAUUGUCAAUACAUGUCGUAAACAACACAGAGCUACAGUGAGUUCCAAACUUAAAACAUUUUCUUGUUGUUUAGGUCUGCUAUCUCUAACCUUUGCAAUAGGACAUACUUUGUGGGCUCCUCUGCAGAAUGUCAAGCAAGGAUCGGCACAUCGAUUCGAACUGCCCCUCGUACAUCAAGACGGAACCCUCCAGCCCUGCCUCCCUCACAGACAGCAUUAACCACCAUAGCCCCGGUGGGUCUUCGGAUGCCAGCGGCAGCUAUAGCUCCACCAUGAACGGGCACCAGAACGGUCUGGAUUCGCCCACACUGUAUGGUCCAAUAGCAGGCCUGGGGGCCAAUGGAGCUGCCCGCAAGCGCUACGAUGACUGCUCCAGCACCAUCACAGAGGACUCGCAGACCAAGUGCGAGUACAUGCUCAACUCAAUGCCCAAGCGGCUGUGCCUCGUCUGCGGCGACAUCGCGUCUGGCUACCACUAUGGAGUGGCCUCCUGCGAAGCCUGCAAGGCUUUCUUCAAAAGGACAAUUCAAGGAAACAUCGAGUACAGCUGCCCGGCAACCAAUGAAUGUGAAAUCACAAAGCGCAGGCGCAAGUCCUGCCAGGCCUGUCGCUUCAUGAAGUGUCUAAAAGUCGGCAUGAUGAAGGAAGGUGUGCGCCUAGACAGAGUACGUGGUGGGCGCCAGAAGUACAAGCGUCGGAUAGAUGCUGAAAACAGCCCGUAUUUGAACCCACAGCUUGUGCAGCCAGCCAAAAAGCCAUUCCCAUUUGGCUGCCUUGCAGAUAACAAGAUCGUGUCUCAUUUAAUGGUGGCUGAACCAGAGAAGAUCUAUGCCAUGCCUGACCCCACGGUUCCUGACAGCGAUAUCAAAGCCCUCACCACACUCUGUGACCUGGCCGACAGAGAGCUUGUAGUUAUCAUUGGAUGGGCAAAGCAUAUUCCAGGGUUCUCCACUCUGUCCCUUGCUGAUCAAAUGAGCCUCCUGCAGAGUGCAUGGAUGGAGAUUCUGAUCCUGGGAGUGGUGUACCGGUCGCUGUCCUUUCAGGACGAGCUGGUCUAUGCUGAAGACUACAUAAUGGACGAGGAUCAGUCCAAGCUGGCAGGCCUGCUCGACCUUAACAACGCCAUUCUGCAGCUGGUAAAGAAAUACAAGAGCAUGAAGCUGGAGAAGGAAGAGUUUGUCACCCUCAAAGCUAUAGCGCUUGCUAAUUCAGACUCAAUGCACAUAGAAGAUGUGGAAGCAGUUCAGAAGCUGCAGGAUGUCUUGCAUGAAGCCCUCCAGGACUAUGAGGCCAGUCAGCAUGUGGAAGACCCACGCCGGGCUGGCAAGUUUCUGAUGACCCUCCCUCUCCUCCGUCAAACCGCCACCAAGGCUGUACAGCAUUUCUACAGCAUCAAACUGGAGGGCAAGGUCCCCAUGCACAAACUCUUCUUGGAAAUGUUGGAGGCCAAGGUCUGAUUUGAAACAUCACAGGCCUUUACCCGCUUUUUGUGCACAGAGUGGGUAAUGGGAAAACAAAUUGAAACUUUAAACAAGAGCGUGAGGGAUGGAAACUUUGUGUUUAAAUUAAAAAAUAAUAAUAGUAAUAAUUACAAUAAAGACUGCACUGAUUAUUUAGCAGUAAGACUGUGAACCAACUCUUUUUUUCUGACUUUCUAAAGCAGUUUUGUGCUGUCAAACUUUUUCACAAAGAGGUCUCUAAUUGAAGACAGAAGGAAGCCAGCCCUGCCAAAGGAUGGAAAUCCAUACAAUGGAUGCCAGCGAACUUAUUACUAAGCAUUAUGUCCCAAGUAACAAAGGAAUCAACCUGAACCAGUUGAACCAUGUAGUACAGUAGAGUAUGGUGCAUUGACUGAAUGCAGUAUUAGGUUUCUAGGAGCAGUCUCUAAUUAGGUGACCGAGAGACGUUUGGAUCAGCUGUUUCUUAUCAUUGCAUUUUCCAUCUAGAUCAGUUACAGCCAUUUGAUUCCUUAAUUGUUUUCUUUCAAGUCUUCCAGAUAAUUCUUAGGUUUUUCGCAAUUUAUUGUAACUAUUUCAGGGAAUAGUUUAAGAUGUAUUCACUCAUGCAAUACUAAAACAACAAACAAAUACUGACUUUCUUUUAGGUGCGGCUUAAGCAAUGAGUAACAAUAAUGAAGGAAAGAUGAUAAUAAUAAUAAUAAUAAUAAUAAUAAUAAUAAUCAUAAACUUUUAAGAGAUUUUUUUAAAUUAUAUUUUCUUGAUAAUUAAUUGAGAUUUUUUUUGUACCAGCUUUACCACUUUCAACCAUUUUAUUAAUUGUGUGAAUUUAAUCUUAUUCAAGCAAUAGUUACUAAAAGGGAAGGUGCAUAUUAACACAUAUGCAAUGUACGUUGUGUGCCAGUCUAGUCAAGAACAUAAUUUUUUUUUAAAACACAUGCUCAUGCUUUUCCUUUUAUUAGAUUACACCUACAGCAUAUUGACCAUAUAAGAAAAUUAAUCAAGGUUGUAAAAGAUAAUGGAUACCAAUAUUAAAACUAACGAGUUGUCAAUCUACUGUCAUCUAAAAACAAUUUGAAUACAAAAACUGUGUAUGUAUGGCAAUAAAGCAAUGUCAUGCUGUUAAAAGAAAUGACAAGGCUGCUUACCAAAAGCAUAACACUAAAAUGUGUCAUUCAGAUCUCUGUUAAUCCUAAUUUCUUUGAAACUACGAUGAAAUCAGGUUCAAGACUGUUACAGGGUGUAAUCUAAUAAAAUGGUCAAUCAUAAUCUCCCCCACAGAUUACUGCAGUUGAGAAGUUUAAUAAUAAAACAAUAACCUCCAUCAUCUGCUAUAACCAAUAUAUCAGUAUUAGUAGCUUCUCCCUUUACUCUCUAAACAUCCUUAACCUGUGUACACGUAUUGUAAAUUAAAGAUUGUAACCCUGACCUAAGACCAUUUAUUGGAACAAAAAACUGUAGUUCAGCUUUUCAAUGUUUCAUGUUUGCUGUGAUUUUCCUGAAACUUUUUUUUUUCUUUUCACGUUGCAUUCAAAGACUGUUGUCUUCUUGUUCUUGUGGUGUUUAAACUUCUUGUGGUGUACGCUUUUUUAGACACAGGGUAGAAUUAGAGACAAUAUUGGAUGUACCAUUCCUCAGGAGAUUGCAGUCGUAUACUCUAUUCCUUACUGAUUAUAAGGCACUUCCUCAUUUAGAUCAACAGAUCCGAACAAAUAACUCUCUACUGGUAAAUAAUUGAAUAAUAAACAAUAUUUUCAAACAAAAGGGAUAAUUUGUGUAACGGUUUAUUGUAGAAUAACAAUGUAUAUCUUAGAUGACACAUGAAGAAUUUGAAUAUUUCAGAACAAUAGCUAACUAUAAUUUUUAAAGAAAUGCUGUAAAUAUCGCCCCCCCUCCAAAUCAUCUCAGUUGUUAUUAUGAUCUUUACUCUGUGUGGUUGCAAAACUUUUUUGAUGCGGACAUAUUUCCAAAAUUGCCGCUUUAACUUUGUGUGCUUUUAAAAAAAAAAAUGAUAAUAGGUUGAAGGUCUACUUUUCCUUCAACCCUGUUCUAUAAAUACUGUGUAUCUAUCAUUACCUAUACAAAACUAUAUUGUAGAUUGUGAUUUCUCAGUAGAGAAGUGACUGUACUGUGAUUCUAGACUUAUUAAUCAUUCAUAGCAACUCAUGAGACGGUCAAUAGCUUGAAGUGUAUAGCUGUGAUAAGAAGUUCAGAUGUUGACACUUCCAUUUAAAUAAAUACACAACUCCUGGAGACAAGGUGCUGUUUUUGUUUAAAAAAAAAAAAAAAAAAAAAAGGUUAUCACUGAUCUGUAGAGGACAAAAAGGAGAUGAAAGAUUUUUUUUUUUUAAACAAUUUCUUUUUCAGGGUUUAAGCUGAACCAGGUAAAAUAAAAGCAAAUAUGUUUUUAAUUUGGAAUUUAUACUAAUCCUUAUAUUAACAGAAGGAUUGCUUUUCAAAGUGCUGCUUCUGUUGGUAGGUGUUUCAUAAAAUUACAACACUUUGGCUUUCCCCACAACAUUUAGCAUUUUCAGAGUAGAUUUGUUACUUUUCUUUUCCUGGUGUUCUGUUUUUUUUUAAACUAGAAAAAAGUCAAAGAUUAUUUAGUAACACCACUUGACUUAAAAAUAAAAUAAUAAAAGAAAAUGAAAGUAUAUAGUGUGCUUGUAGUUAACUGAGUUUUGAAAAUGUUUAACUAAAACUGAUGUUCCAGCUUAAAUCUUUCAGAGAUAAUGUUUUUAAUUAUUUCUUUCAACAUCUUACAAUGAUAUUUAAUAUAGAAAGGUGUGUUAUUUAGUCAUGCCAACUUUUUAAUUAUUAUUAUUUUAUUUUUUUUUAACGUUUUCUUAUUUAAAGCAAUAUGAUUGUGCAACACACAACAACUGCACUUGUGUUUCAAUUAGAUCAAAAUGCUGUAUUUAUUCGACUAUUUUGCAUUUAAAUGAUAGGAAUAAUAAUAUAAAAAUGUACAAACAACUGCUAUUUUUCUUAUAGAAGAGAUUAUGGGUGUUGGUGGUUGUAUUUAAAUUAUUUAUGCAUUUGUGUAUACCUGCCAACUAAUUUAACAAUUGAUGGCAGUCUUACAUGCAGAGUUAAAAAAAAAUUGAUUAAAAAAAAAGAAAAUCAAAAAAGCUUAAAUAUAGAAAUUCCAGGAGUUGCUGAAAACAGCUUGUAGUGAGAACAAUGUCUGUAGUUCUCGAUGUGCUUCACAUCUGUAAAACAAUUAACUGUAUAUUUUUGUGACGUGCAUCAUAAAGUGUGCUCCGACAAUAUGUCCAUUUGUGUAAAUGUAUUUAUUUUACAUUGUAUAUAUUGUUCAAUGCAAAAAGAAAGACCUAUGAUUCUGUAACUCCGAUCAGUUCAGAUGUGUAACUCCAAUUAUGCCUUUCAGGAUGAUGGUAGAGCAAUAUUAAACAAGCUUCCACUUUUGA